AUGGUUGUUGUAACCAUAGCAAAAUCAAAUGCAGACGCUAACGAAAAAAAGGACGAGAAGUAUUGGAACUAUGAAUGCUACAACAUACCCACCGGAUGUAUAGAAAAGUACCAGAUAUACCAAAGAAUGGGCAGGGGGAAGUACUCAGAGGUUUUUGAAGGGCGUAAAGACAAGGAGAAGAUUGUGAUAAAAACGCUUAAGCCUGUAAGGAAAGCAAAGAUUUCCAGAGAAGUGUUGAUAUUGAAAAGCCUUUCUCAUAAGAAUAUCAUAAAGCUUAUAGAUGUUGUCGUUGACUCCGAGUCUCAAAUAUACUCUUUGAUCUUUGAAUAUAUAGAGCACGAAGACUAUGCAAAAAUAUUUGAGAAAUUAAGCUAUAUGGAUAUCAUCGAAUACUCUAAGCAAAUCCUUUCCGCACUUGAUUAUUGUCAUAGUAUGGGCAUAAUUCACAGAGAUAUCAAACCACAGAACAUGGUGAUCAACCGGGAGAGAAGGGAGCUAAAAAUAAUUGAUUGGGGGCUUGCUGAGUUUUAUCAUCCAAAAAAGGAAUACAGUGUAAGGGUUGCAAGUAGAUACUAUAAAAGCCCGGAGUUACUCGUCGACUAUCCAUACUACGACUAUUCUCUUGACAUUUGGUCGUUUGGAUGUGUUUUGGCCGAAUUGAUAUUUAAGAAAAGACCCUUCUUCCAUGGAGAGAGUAAUAGCGACCAACUUGUCAAGAUAGCCAGAGUCUUGGGAUAUACCGACUUAAGAAAGUAUAUCGAAAAAUACAGAAUCGCACCGCUCAGCCCGAAGCAUGAGGGAACAGGGGAAAGAGUACUGCUCUCCUCCUUUGUGCCUCUUGGAAAGGCCAACCUUUACAUCCAUGCCAUAGAUUUGUUGGAGAAAAUAUUGGUGUAUGAUCAUCAAAGCAGACCUACUGCUGAAGAGUGCUUGAGACAUCCAUUAUUUAAGCUGGAACACUAA